GAGCCGGGAGCGACGUCACGCGCUCUGGAGAGGACGUUGGCACGUCCAUCCAGCGGGGAGAGUUUGAGGUCCCACUUCCAGAGCGCAUGUGGACUUGUCAUCAUGUCCCAGAGCGAGCGCGCCAUGAAGAGGAGCGCUCCCAUCUCUCUCUGAUGCGGAAGAUGAGAAACUUUCGGCUCGGGGAUUCUGGAGGAUUUUUGAAAGGAACUUUUACGGUUUACACAAAGGAGAUGUCCACAACUGCCGGUCCGACCAUUCCCCCCUCGCAGCUGACGUCGGAACAGGUCAUAGUGGUGGCUGCGUCCUUUUCUUCUCUGGUGUUCUUUGUGGUUAUUGUGGUGCUGCUAUCCAUUAUUUACCGCAAGGAUCCACAGUGCUGCAAGCACCCCUCCUAUCAGGAGCCACAUGCAGAUACGGAUGCUCCCCCUCAGUACUACAGCAGCAGGCAGGCCCUGGUGGGAUCCCCUUGUUCUGAGCAGACACAGAGCAUCAAUAACGGCAACGCUCAGGCAGAUGAUCUGUUCUACGUCGGCCUGCCCUCCAGCUACAGCCUGCCCACUCUGGAGGCCCCCCUGCCGAGGCUGCCCUCCUAUGAGAGUGUCCGAAAGAAGGACCGCCAGAGGCAGAUCCACAUGAUGAUUGCAGACCGCUUUGGACUCAAUGGACCCAUUGUGGCAGAGCCUCCUCCCACGUAUGAAGAGAGCAUCCGUUGUUCUGUGGAGCUGCCAUACAACAUCCUCUCACCCGGGUCGGACAUCUCCCCUCCUCCGAGAUCUUACACCAGCGCCGGAUCUGUUGUUCAGACUGAUACAGCUCAUCAAGUCAGCUAUGAUGGUGACGACACCGUUCUACCUGCUGUGUGAGGUCGAGCGAGUCCUCAAGCUCUCCGAUGAAUGUGAGAAAAGGAAAACCAAACUUGAAAACGUCCGUGCUGAGGAGAUUGAUCCGAUUGUGAUCGUGAACCUGAUCCUGCACACUGUCCCUUCCAGCUUUCUGAAAAGUUUUUUCUGUCAUCUGGACAGCUAAGGAUGAGCUGAGGAGCAUCCAAAGAUAGAACACAUUGAUGGCACAGCUGAAUGUUUGACAGUACAGAUGAGUUUCACAAAACACUGGACAUCCAGGAGACCACACCUCACCUCACCAAACAGAGGAACAGAGGAGCCAGUAUGUUUGUUUACAGGGAUGUGGAUCAUGCCUUGUUCAUGAACUUUUGUGUGUUCGUUUAUUCUACUGCUCCUGAACCAGAAACUCCUUGAUCCUCUUUCAUUUUGGAGUCUGUUUUAAUAAGAGCUGCUAUAUAAUGGUAGCCAUUACCCGGCUGUGUUUUGGCCACAGCAUGAGGUUCAGCCAGUAGGGGGGAGAGUGCCACGGAACUUAUAAUAUUCAAGUAAUUCACUCACUUUGAUUAAAGCUAAGCUGUAGAAAUAUUGCCACAAUUGAUUUCUCCGUAAAGAAUGGACUCCCAAGUUUUGACGUUACAUUUUUCCAAAAUUUCUUUUCUCUUUUUGUUUCGAAUCAAAUUUAUUUCAUAUACAACUCACCGUGUACUUGUGCCAUAUUUUGUUACGUGUGAGUCUCGUGCUUUAUUUAUUGAAAAAA